AUGCAAACUAUAAAUACCUUUUCUUGGAUAAAAGAACAGAUUACUCGAUCCAUUUCCAUCUCGCUCGUGAUAUAUAUAAUAACUCGGUCAUCCAUUUCGAAUGCAUAUCCCAUUUUCGCACAGCAAGGUUAUGAAAAUCCACGAGAAGCGACUGGACGUAUUGUAUGUGCUAAUUGCCAUUUAGCCAAUAAGCCCGUGGAUAUUGAGGUUCCACAAGCGGUCCUUCCGGAUACUGUAUUUGAAGCAGUUGUUCGAAUUCCUUAUGAUAUGCAAUUAAAACAAGUUCUUGCUAAUGGCAAAAAGGGGGGUUUGAAUGUGGGGGCUGUUCUUAUUUUACCUGAAGGGUUUGAAUUAGCCCCCCCCGACCGUAUUUCUCCAGAGAUGAAAGAAAAGAUAGGGAAUCUUUCUUUUCAGAGCUAUCGCCCCAAUAAAAAAAAUAUUCUUGUGAUAGGUCCUGUUCCUGGGCAAAAAUAUAGUGAAAUUACCUUUCCUAUUCUUUCUCCAGACCCUGCUACUAAGAAAGACGUUUACUUCUUAAAAUAUCCGAUAUAUGUAGGUGGUAACAGGGGAAGGGGUCAGAUUUAUCCUGACGGAAGCAAGAGUAAUAAUACAGUUUAUAAUGCCACAACAGCAGGUAUAGUAAAGAAAAUUGUACGAAAAGAAAAGGGCGGAUACGAAAUAAACAUAGCGGAUGCCUCGGACGGACGUGAAGUGGUUGAUAUUAUCCCGCCAGGACCGGAGCUUCUUGUUUCAGAGGGUGAAUCUAUCAAACUUGAUCAACCAUUAACGAGUAAUCCUAAUGUGGGUGGAUUUGGUCAAGGAGAUGCAGAAAUAGUCCUUCAAGAUUCACUGCGCGUACAAGGGCUUUUGUUCUUCUUUGCAUCCGUUAUUCUAGCACAAAUCUUUUUGGUUCUUAAAAAGAAACAGUUCGAGAAGGUUCAAUUGUCCGAAAUGAAUUUCUAG